AUGCGCAGCAAGGUCCCCGUAGGCAAGUCCUCACCUCGUCCUCACCUGCAGGUGAAUAAUUAUGGGCGAACUAACUCGCCCGGCGACGACAUCCGUGUAGCCAUGGCAAAGAACGCGAGCAAGGCGGGAGGUCCUACCGCCGCCUUCGGUGCGAGCUGUGAUGGCGACGACGGAGACGAAGCACACGGCGACGACGGAGACGAAGCACACGGCGACGACGCGGAGGAGGAUUGGCCGGAGAACGGCCACGACGACAGCGCUUCGGGCGGCGAAUUAGGUCCUGCCGACAUUGAGGAGGACGAAUGGUGGAAUCAGCCGGUCGGGAGCGACGACGAGGAAGCGGCGGUGGAUGCGAAUGAGCGUGCCGACGAGGCGGAGGCGGAACUCGAGACAGAUGCGCCAGCAGAUGCGGACGAGGUGGCGGAGGCGGACAAGGUGGCUGCGGAUGCCGUCUUAUUUGACGGUGAAGGCUCCGACGACGACCCGUGGAGCCUUGGGACAGACGACGACGUUCCGCUACUGAAGCGGAGGUUGCGCCAUCGCCUACAGCCCACGACGAAGCGCGCCCGCGUGGCCCCUGCUCGUCGCCGCACAAGCAACAAGAAGCGCAAGUCCGAUGGAGACCCGGGAUCCAGCAAGGGUGCGGCUAAGAAGAAGUCGAAGAAGGCGCCGAAUCCUAACGACAUCAUCGUGAACGAGACGUUGGGCAGCGACGAUGAGAACGCGGCGGCGGCGGGCCCGAUUCCCACGUUCCCGGUGAAGGUCACGUCUAAGGACCCCACCCUCCAUAAUCCCAACACCCGCCCACCUUCCCCUCGCAGCAAAGACACUACGAAGAAGCGCCGCGGAUGGACUGUGCCUCGCUGCCGUGUCCUCUGUCCCACCUGCAGGGAACCUGCGGAGGCCUCCGAACCCCGUGGUGCUGUAGUGGAUCGCGGAGGCUUGGGAUCAAGUCCCCAAGCAGAUCAUCAUCGACGCGUCCGCCACUGUGGGAUCUCCAGCAAGCUGGACGGAACGGAGAACCACCUGGUGAUGUCUCACCUGCGCGCCAGGAGCACCACCGAUGUCUCCGAGGACAUGUCCCUUGGGGGGACCACACGCGACAACACGCGCUUCCUCGGGAAGGCUCCAGAGGAGGAGGAGGAAGAGGAGGAGGAGGAGGAGGAGGAGGAGGAGGAGGAGGAGGAGGAGGAGGAGGAGGAGGAGGAGGAGGAGGAGGAGGAGGAGGAGGAGGCGGCGGCGAUGCAGGUGGAGGGCGUGCGGGAGGUGGCCGUGGCAACUGGCCUGGAGGUGCUGUACCAGGAGAUCUCCAACUACCGCGGAGCGACGGCCGAGGCUGAUCGCAUGAUCGAGCCUAGGGAGACGGCUAGGCAUGCCUGGCGAGUGCCAGACCUGGGUGUAGAGCAUGUUGCUAGUGCUCCAAAGGAGGCGGUGACUGAGGGGGGUUAG